AUGAGAAGAGUAAGAUCGGUCAGAGGUCUAGCGACUCCCACUUCUCUCCCUGUCAAAGAUUGUACUUCUCUCAUUCCCCCUUACCCACGUCUCCUCAAGACGUUGGAGAAAGUUCGGGAUGUUUUACCCAAGGGAACGAAAUUGACUUUGGCGGAGAAGAUAUUAUAUUCUCAUUUAAGAGAUCCGGAAGAGAGUUUAGGUGGAGGGGGGAAGGUGAGAGGGGAGAAGUACUUGAAGUUGAGACCGGAUAGAGUUGCGAUGCAGGACGCUUCAGCUCAAAUGGCAUUAUUACAAUUCAUGACCUGUCAACUUCCUUCUUGCUCCGUACCCGCUUCUAUCCAUUGUGAUCAUCUAAUCCAAGCUCAAACCGGUGCAUCUACCGAUUUAGCCAGAUCGAUCGAGACAAACAAAGAAGUCUUCGAUUUUCUAGAAUCAGCAGCGAAGAAAUACGGUAUAGAGUUCUGGCGUCCUGGUUCAGGUAUAAUUCAUCAAAUCGUUUUGGAAAAUUACGCUGCUCCAGGUUUAUUAAUGUUAGGUACUGAUAGUCAUACUCCCAAUGCUGGUGGUUUGGGUAUGUUGGCUAUCGGAGUUGGAGGAGCGGAUGCAGUGGAUGCUUUGACGGAUACACCUUGGGAAUUGAAAGCUCCGUUGAUCACGGGAGUUGAGUUGAUUGGGGAGUUGAAAGGUUGGGCUACACCAAAAGAUUUGAUUUUACAUUUAGCGGGGAAGUUGACCGUCAGAGGAGGUACAGGACGUAUCCUCGAAUAUUUCGGUCCCGGCGUUUCAUCCCAAUCCUGUACUGGAUUAGCUACCAUAGCCAAUAUGGGAGCAGAAGUCGGUGCUACAACUUCAACAUUCCCUUAUUCCCAAAACAUGUCUUCAUAUUUACAUUCAACCGGUAGAGGACCUGUUGCUGUCGCAGCGGAUAAAGCACAUUCUCUCGGAUUUUUAUCUUCAGAUCCUGGCUCAACAUACGAUGAAAUAAUAACAAUAGAUUUAUCUAAACUCGAACCACAUUUAAACGGUCCAUUCACACCUGAUUUAGCAACACCUUUAUCAAAAUUCCCUUCUUUUUUAAAAUCCAAUAAUUAUCCAACUUCAUUAUCAUCAGCUUUAAUUGGAUCAUGUACGAAUUCAUCAUACGAAGAUAUGUCAAGAGUCACUUCGAUAGCAAAACAAGCAGAAUCAGUAGGGUUAAAAUCAAAAGUACCAUUUUUGAUAACACCUGGUUCUGAAAUGAUCCGCGCUACUAUAGAACGUGAUGGAUUACAAGAAACUUUAGAAAAUGUUGGUGGUACGGUUUUAGCGAAUGCUUGUGGACCUUGUAUAGGACAAUGGAAAAGAGAAGAAUCUAAAAAUCAAGAUAAUAUAAUCCUAACUUCUUUCAAUAGGAAUUUCAAAGCUCGAAAUGAUGGGAAUAUGAAGACGAUGAACUUUUUAGCUUCACCUGAAAUCGUUACAGCCAUGUCAUUUUCUGGUUCUCUCUUAUUCAACCCUAUUACAGAUUCUAUAGUGUUGGAAAAUGGGAAAGCAUUCAGAUUCGAGGUUCCAAUCGGGGAUACUUUACCUCCUAGAGGUUAUGAAUUGGGUGAAAAAAGUUAUAUACCUGAACCUAAUCCUGAACCUGUGUCGGAAACGGAAGUCAAGAUCAGUAAAGAUAGUCAAAGGUUGGAGGUUUUAGAACCUUUUGAUUCGGUUUUCGAAGAUGGACCUAGGGAGUUGGAAGGUUUAACUUGUUUGUUGAGAGUGAGGGGGAAAUGUACAACCGAUCAUAUCAGUGCCGCAGGGGCAUGGUUGAAAUACAAAGGCCAUCUUACUAAUAUAUCGGAGAAUACAUUGAUGACUGCUGUCAAUGACGAAAAUGGUCAAAUCAACGUUGCUGUUGAUCCUCUCACAGGAGAUGAAGAUACUAUUCCUCGAACUAUGCAGAAAUAUAAAGCUAGAGGAGAACCAUGGAUGUUGGUGGUUGAUGAUAAUUACGGAGAAGGAAGUGCACGUGAACACGCAGCACUCCAACCUAGAUUCUACGGUUGUUCACUCAUCCUAGCCCGAUCAUUCGCCAGAAUCCACGAAACAAACCUUAAGAAACAAGGUAUAUUACCAUUAUGGUUUUCGGAUAAAUCAGAUUAUUCAACAAUAUCUUCCGGUGAUAUUAUCUCAACCAUUGGAUUGAAAGAAUUAUUAGAAACGGGUAAAGUUACUCCUUUCUAUGAUCUUCUCAAACGAAGUGGACAUGGGAAAACUCACGCUUCUAAUUCAUCACCAACCAUCAAUACCCCUCCACCCGGUUGUUCAUCGCAUGAAGCACAAGCUAUUCGAUAUAUCUCCGGAUCGGGUUUCGAGCAGUUUGUGUAG